AUGAAAGUAAAGAUCGCCAUCUCUGAACCACCAGAGGUUAUUGAUCCUUUUAUUACAGAUUUAUCAUCUUACAUUGCAAAGAGUAAACGAGCGAUUGUCGUGACUGGUGCAGGCAUCUCUUGUAGUAGUGGUAUACCUGACUUUCGUUCUUCAGAUGGUUUAUAUAACCUUGUAAAGCAACGACAUCCUGAUACAGUUUUGAAAGGGCAAGAAUUGUUCGACGCGACAUUAUUCCGUAACGAAAAGACAAUAAAAUGCUUUUAUACCUUUAUGGCUGAAUUACGAUCCCUCAUCACAAAUGCUAACCCAACCUUAACUCAUGAAUUUAUUCAAUAUUUAACGAAAAAGGGACAGUUACUACGAUAUUAUACCCAAAACAUAGACUUUUUGGAGGAGAACUUGGAUAUUCCAGCUAUUCAAUUACAUGGUACGAUGAAGCAAGUACGUUGUACGUUAUGCAGUGCUACUUUUGAUUUUUCUGAUGAACAUGAAAAAAAAUUUCGUCAAGGAGAGGCUCCUACCUGCCCUCAAUGUGAAACAUUUGAUGCUGAGCGUGCUCGUCAAGGUAAACGUCAACUUGCUAUGGGCACACUUCGUCCUGCUAUUGUCUUGUAUAACGAGGAACACCCUGAUGGUGACCAGAUUGGUCAAGUACAAAUGAAUGAUCUUAAAAAGAAGCCUGACUUGAUGAUCGUCAUGGGUACCUCACUCAAGAUUCCUGCUUUAAAAAAGUUUAUUAAACAGGCAGCACGCAUUAUUCAUUCUAAACCUGGUGGAUGCGUUGUAUUUGUAAAUCGUACAAGUCCUACCAAAGAAUGGGAUAAAGUCUUUGAUUAUGAAGUCCUUGGUGACUCUGAUGAAUGGGUAGAAAUAGUAAAAAAGAAGAUGGCUGACGAAAAAUUGAUGACACAGACAGCCAAUAAAUUAAAACGAUUAGCCAAAGAAAGAGAAGAAGAAGAAGAAGAAGAUGAAGAAAAAGAAAAUAGUAAACCUUCAAGAUUAAAAAGAAAGAACAGCCCAACCAUUGUUAUUAAAUCAUCUAAACAACAAUCACGUUCUGCACUUAAAAGAACACUAUCAAAGACACAAACAACUCUUCAAGACUUUAAUGUUACUACAAAACGUCGUAAAAACCCUGCAACAACUAAAGUUGCCUAA